UUACACCCUAGCUCUCAAGGAGCUCGUUCCUAGGCCAGAAUUUAGGCCAACCCUGAGGUGGAAUGGCUGACGCGCAUGGCGCCAUCUGACCUCCCCCUUUCUCCUCACAAUUUCGAGAUAUAAGAGAGCGGCUGAUUGCAACGCUCAGCCUUAGCUCCCUCUCCUUUUCAUCAGCUCGUCACUGAGUGGUCAUAGCGCCGCUGCGUAUUUUGCUUGCUGCCGUGGCGAAAUUCCAGCUUCAAUCACGAAAUGCCAGCUGCUAUGGCGAAAUGCUUGCUGCAGUGGCGAAAUCCUUGCUGCAGAUCCGAGAUCCAGUGGCGAAAUGUUUAGCUGCUGUUGAGAGAAACAUUUAGGGCAGUGACGGAUGCUGCAGAUAGUCGCGAAAUGUCAGCUCCACUCCCGAAAUUUCAGCUUCAGUCCUGAAAUGCUAGCUUAGGUUACGAAAUGCAAGCUGCUGUGGCGAGAUGCUUGCUGCAGCUGCGAAAUCCUUGGGGCAGCUGCGAAAUCCUUGGGGCAGCUGCGAAAUCCUUGGGGCAGCUGCGAAAUCCUUGGGGCAGCUGCGAAAUCCUUGAGGCAGCUGCGAAAUCCUUUAGGCAGCUGCGAAGUCCUUUAGGCAGCUGCGAAAUCCUUUAGGCAGCUGCCAAAACCUUGGGGCAGCUGCGAAAACCUUGUUAUAGCAUGGCGAAAUGGUGCAGCUGCAUCCAUGGUGCUGCUGCAGAUUGCGAAUUUAUGCUGCAGGUGAUGAAUUCCUGCUGUCCUCCUGCUGCUGCAACUGCCGCGAAUCUUGGCGGCAGCGUCGUCCCAAGCUCAGGUGCUGCUGCCGGAGGCUGUCCUUGCUGCCGGGCUGCUGCACCAGUCUACACUGCCUGCACUGCUUCAACCAACCCAAAAGUGCUGCCCAGUGUGGUCAAUUUCAACUGCGAGCCUUCAUCUGCUUGUCGGCCAGCUGAUUCACCACGGAUGCACGAAGGAAUGGGGCAGAAAGUUUCGAGGGAACUUCACAUGUUCGAGAUCGUUUCUUCUCCCAUUCCCUUGCGUGUUCCAGCUGCUGCAGGUCUCAGCAGUAAGCGCAUGAGGGGCAUGGCAAGAGGCAUCAGUCCCUGCUGCAGCGUUCGUCUUAUCAUCAGGUUGGGAAGAGACGUGCAUGUCAAAACCCGUGUACUGGUGGGAGCCUCCUUUGCCACCACUUGGAGAGUCCAUGCUCCCAUCUCCAAACGCUGCAGCAACCAUUCAGAAUGAAGCAUAGCAGGAUCAUAGCGUAGAUGCAGUGGGGCAGCAUAGCCCCCUCCUAAAGCUCUGAAACAAUGUUGGAAAUCGGACUAUGCCGCGUAGCGGAAGCGUUGAACCAGAAAUGGUUGAUUGCUCAAGGAAAAUACAAGCAUUUGUACUACUCUCUUGGCUCCUCCAAGAGGCCCUCUAGCCUCUCAAAGAGAAGCAUAAUGCACUCCAAAGUGCUUGACCCCCCAUAUCCAUAAUGCCAAACCA